UUCGCAGUAACCGCGAACUUCUACCGUAUGAUGUUUGGCAACAACACAUCAUGUGCAUGCGACAUAUGUCUUAUGUCCGUAUGAAUCGAAGCAAUAAUCCUCGUGGAAGUGGCUUUUUAUCACUAUUCCGAUAGUGGUCUUCGGAAGGAUUUUCUAUCUAUGGUCUAUCAGUCUAUUCUUUGUACGCAACGACUCAGGCCAAUAUCAUCCGGUUGUCAUAUGUCUGGAAAACUGUCUAUACAGAAAUAUGUGCUUCUCAUGCGAAGAAGCAGAACAUGCAUAUGAUACCUGCCCCCUGAGCUCCGUUCCCCGCGUUUCUUCCUCACGAUACUCUAUAGGCGACUAUAUUAACCUGUCGACGAACUCGUUUUCGGACUCUGGACGACUUUCGUUCUCCCUUCCCCUCUGUCUGUGCUAGUCGAUUAAUCUUCGGCUCUAUCACCCAACAUCAUGCAGCUGAAGCUCGCAUCGCUUGCUUUAUUCCCGUUGAUAGCGCUGAUAGCGUCUUCUCCCACGCCGACGCCUCCUGUACAGAGGAUCCCAUUGACAAGGCGCUCGUUCGCGAAAGAUGGAAUUGCAGAUGUCAGUGCGCUCAAUACGCACCUAGAUAACGUCAGAGCUAAGAUCGCGAGGGGUUUCGCUAAUUUCAAAAGCAACACGGGCUCGGCACACCCGAAUGACAAUGGCAGCCUUGCGAACAGGCUGGAGAAGCGCAAGACAGGCAAAGACACGCUGACCGACGACCUUGAUGGCAGUCUUUGGCAAGGUCCUAUUUCCGUUGGUACACCUGCCGACUCGUUCACGGUGGACUUCGACACGGGUUCAAGUGACUUGUUCCUCCCGGGGCCCGCGUGCACAGACCAGAAUUGUGCUGGGCAUAAGGUAUACAACACUGGAGCGAGCAGCACAGCUGUUGACCAGGACCAGACGUUCCAAAUCGAGUUCGCUGAUGGAUCGACUGUCUCGGGAGAAGUCUUCCAUGAUACUGUCUCCAUCGCUGGCCUUACAGCGACUAACCAAGCCGUUGUGGCAGCGUCACAAUAUUCCUCGGGCUUCGCUCUUGACGUAUCGCCGCCCGAUGGGCUGAUGGGCAUGGCCUUCCAAGCGAUCUCGAAUUCGAACAGUCCGCCUGUGUUCCAAACAUUCGUUGCAGAUGGACAGACUGACUCGCCUGUGUUUGGAUUUACGUUGCUGGACAGCGGAGGAGAGUUAUUCUUGGGUGGAACGGACACGGGCGCGUUCACGGGCAGUCUAACUUUCACACCUCUUAUUACUCAGCCUGCAUUCUGGGAGAUUUCUGCACAGAGUGUGAGUGUUGGUAACCAGGCCGUCGUCACCAGUGCACAAGAUGCUAUUGCUGACACUGGUACAACUCUGUUCAUCGUUGAUACGGAUAGUGCGCAGGCGAUCUAUGCUGCCAUUCCUGGAUCCGCAGACGCAAGCCAAACAGUCGGCCAAGGAUUCUUCACUGUUCCAUGUAAUGCGAUCCCGGACAAUGUCAGUGUUAUACUUGGCGGAACAGCGUUCACGCUUUCUCCGGAUACUUUCAACCUUGGUCAAGUCUCAGCUGGGUCUAAUGAUUGUGUUGGAGGUAUUAUUGCCGAUGAUGUCGGCAUGUGGAUCUUAGGUGAUGUCUUCUUGCGCAAUGUCUACACAGAAUUCGACACUGGGAACUUGCGUGUUGGAUUCGCACCUGUUAACGCAUAGUAUUUCCUCCGUGUUGAACCCUUUCCCACUCCGACUCGCAGUCGUGUUCUCACAUACACUCACG